AUGGCCGACCGAGCAAGGUCAAGAUCGCGCUCGCCGCGCCGCGAUCGCGACCGUUCCCGUGAGCGAGACCGUCCCCGCGAACGCAAACAAGGCGGCGGCGGAGGCUUCCGCUGGAAGGACAAGUCCUCGCGCACCGACGACCGCCCAGACGACCGCCGCACCCUCAACCGCGGCUACCGCAACCGUUCGCGCUCGCGCUCGCCUCGUCGCGACCGUGACCGCGACGGCAACGACGACAGACCCCCGCGCCGACCAGCUGCCGCAGACAACAGCAGCGGCAGCGGCAGCGGCAGCGGCAACCGAACAAGGUCCCCCGCGGCGGCAGAAGACAGAGACAAGAGGAAGAAGAAGGACAAGGCACCCAGGGACAAGGUGGCUCCGGCGCCCUCUGGCGGCGAGGAGUACAUCAUUGUCCACGUCAACGACCGACUCGGCACCAAGGUCGCGAUUCCCUGCCUGGCCUCGGACCCUGUGAAGAUGUUCAAGAUUAUGGUGGCAGCGCGGGUCGGCAGGAAGCCGCACGAGAUCUUGCUGAAGAGGCAGGGCGAGAGGCCGUUCAAGGACCAGCUGACCUUGGAGGACUACGGAGUGAGCAACGGGGUGCAGCUAGACUUGGAGGUGGACACGGGUGAUUAA